GUGAAUGGCGAGUGGCAUCUCAAGUUCUCGGGCCGCGAGUGCGAAAAGAAGGCCGAAGUGCUCUUGACCAUGGAGCCAUCGGGGCGGCUGCUGCUGUCGCCGUCUCGAGGGGCUGCUUCGCGCAAGAAAGCCGAUGGUCAGAACACUCGCUUUGGUGUCCGUCUGAAGAUGGCUCAGGAAGUUCGCGAAUAUGUGGAGAACUACUGCGACGGUGUAGUUCCGCAGGACCCGGAUGACUUCCAAAGAGUUCUGGACCACUACUGGGGCAGCAAGAUCCGUCCAGCUUGCAACAUCGCCACAUCUGGCAGGUCCUGGGCAGAGAUCGGAUGGCCAGGAAGCCAGAAUCAAUGCAAGCGGCGAGCGGCGAAGGACCUGAAAAGCCGCGGGGACGUCCUCAUCGCCCGAGGGCUGCCCGCCCUGGACGCCCUUCGCAUUGCGAGAUCAUUGAAAGAGUUCUCCCAAGCUGGCGCAGAGUUCGUCGAAGACAAGUCUUUGGAGUCGGAGAUCAAGACAG